UAGGAAAGCAUCCAACAGGAAAGUGUGAUUAUUGCCAGCAAAUAGAUACCAUGGCGCAUGUAUUGCUACAGUGUGGGCAGUAUCAGAGGGAAAGAGAGAGGCUGAGAUCUAGUAUGAGGGAGAAGGGGAUAUAGGAAAUUAGUUGAAAGAGUAUUUUGAGUAGAACGUCAUUAGAUAUAGUCUCAAAUAUUUUGUUAUCUUUUUUAAGAGCAACGGGGCUGGUAGGUAGCAUUUCGUUUCGCCCUGUCUCUGGCCCACACUCCAGUACUUUAGGUGGCGGUAAUGUACCAUAACGUUGGAUGCCAACCGCCAAUAAACCCCACCGAAGAAGAAGUAUUGCGCCUUUCCUACUAUACGUUGGGGGGGAGCUUUUAUUUAGAAAAUGUGCGAAAUUCCGUUACCCGGAAGUACUUUUUUUGUGUUGCUGUCGAGACGCUGAUCUGAGCUCGACAACACUGAGCUGAACUGCUCGUCUUUCACGCUACUGAAAAUGUCCAAACUACAGGUGUUGAAUGCGUUUCUUACUCAGAAAUUAACAGAGGCGGCUGUGGAGAUAUUUGGGGCAGUGGAGAAAACGAUAACAGAGUACGAGGAAGAAAUGUCCCGCUCAAAUGAGGAGCGCAAACGCCUACAAAGACUACUGGACUCGGUUUACAAACCAGAGAUAAGGUUACAUAAAACAGACCCCCAGCAGCUCACUCUCCCUGUCCCUGAGGAGGUUCCCCCUGAGCAGCAGCACUGUGAGCAGGAGUGGACCCCAGGUCUGGGGCAGGAGGACUCAGACCCCACACAGAUUAAAGAGGAACAGGAGGACCCAGAGCCCACACCGAUUAAAAAGGAACAGGAGGAGCUCAGGACCAGACAGGAGGAAGAGCAGCUUCAGGGGCUGGAGUCUGAUAUCAAAGAGAUCAUAUUCACUCCUUCCUGUGUGAAAAGUGACUGUGAUCAGGACCCCCCUCAGCCCUCACAUCUUUCCCAAACCCUAACAAUGCAGACCAGAGCGAGGGACUUAGUAUGCAUCAGCACAACUACAGAGAUGGAAACCGAACCUGAUGGCAAGGUUUACAGAGGAUCAGAAUCAAACAAUUACUCUCAGCCCUUCCCUGGAGUAAAUGGAGCUCAAUGUGAAGUCAGUGAAAAUGCUGAUGGGGGGGUGCCAGUGUUGAAACUACUGCCAGCAUUAAAGCUACUCAAAUCAAAGAGAACGCGGACAAAUGAGAGACAAAAUUCUGAUACCUCUGUGGAGGGAUGGAAAACCGAGGUGUUGCCCAAUCAGAAAUCAGCCAGUCACGGCAAUGCUGCUCCUUGUUGUUGCAAAGUGUGUGGGAAGUCUUUUAAAUUUUUGGUGGGUUUAAUUAAUCAUGCGCAAACAGUACAUGCAAAUGAUGCAAAACAUAUGUGUAGUGUGUGUGGAAAAAACAUGAACUCCUCUCAAUGUAUGAUAGAACACCAACAAUCUCACAUUGCAGAAAAACCUUUUUGUCAUAUUUGUGGCAAAUGUUUCCAUUGUAAUGCUAAACUGAGAACGCAUAUGCGUGUCCACACAGGAGAGAGACCAUAUUGGUGCCAAGAAUGUGGCAAAGGCUUCAGGCAGCAGCAAAACCUUAAAGAGCAUAUGAGGACUCAUACAGCGGAGAAACCGUAUCGGUGCGAAGAAUGUGGCAAAUGCUUCAAACACUCGAGCAGCCUGACCGUGCAUAUGAGGAACCACACAGGGGAGAGACCAUAUAAGUGCCAUUUUUGUGAGAAAUCCUUUGUCUCAGCAAGUAAACAAAGUCUCCACCAACAGAUUCACAUUGGGAAGAACUGGACACUGUUUCAAUGCAGCGAGUGCAGUAGAAGCUUUAGUCAUGUGGGGACCCUGAGAAAGCACAUGAAGAAUAUGCACAAACGGUGCCCCCAAUUCCAAACCAACACCGCACCCCUAACGACUCACUUUGCGUUCCUUCCGAUGUUACCUGUUGCUGACAAAAUUCAAGAGGAUCACUUUCAGAAUGGAGAUUCUAAUUAGCCCCUAACCCCUCAAGAAAUGUCACUGUAAUGUACACGGUACCCCCUGUAUAGAGCCUCGUUACUGUUAUUUUAUUGUUGCGCUUUAA